AUGUUGAAAAACGUUUUCCUGUGGUCUCUUCAGAUAAGUCUCCUGGGAAUUAGUCUUGGCGGGAAUGUUCUCAUCUGGCCAAUGGAAGGCAGUCACUGGCUAAAUAUUGAGAUAAUAAUAGAUGAGCUCAUAAGGAAAGAGCAUAAUGUGACUGUCCUUGUUGCAUCCGGUGCGCAUUUCACCACACCAUCAACUAGCCCAUCUCUGACUUUUGAAAUAUAUCCAGUGCCCUUUAGCAAGGAAGAAUUCGAAAGUGUGCUUAAGGACUUUGUUUUGACAUGGCUGGAAAACAGGCCGUCUCCUUCAACUAUCUGGAAGUUCUAUAAUGAAAUGGCCAAAGUCAUUAAGGAGUUCCAAGUGAUGUACAGAGGGAUUUGUGAUGGCGUUCUUAAAAAUGAAAAGCUGAUGGCCAAACUGAAGAAAGGAAAGUUUGAAGUACUUUUAUCAGACCCAGUAUUUCCAUGUGGUGAUAUCAUAGCUAUAAAACUGGGAAUCCCAUUUAUCUAUUCCUUCAGGUUUUCUCCAGCCUUUACCUUAGAAAAGCACUGUGGAAAGGUCCCAUUCCCUCCUUCCUAUGUUCCUGCAAUUUUGUCAGAACUCACAGACAAGAUGUCCUUCACUGACAGAGUCAGAAACUUCAUCUCCUACCAAAUGCAGGACUACAUGUUUGAAACGCUUUGGAAGCCAUGGGAUUCCUAUUACAGUAAAGCUUUAG